GUCUAAGCUAAGAUGGCGGUCAAUUUGUGGAGUUGUGGUUUUCAGGUGAUAAAGAUAUGCUGCUAACUUGAGUGAAUUACUGUGUUUGUCAUCAUGGGGCACAAGGGAAGUAAGCUGACUCAGGAAGAGAUGCGAGAGCUGCUUAAGUGCACUUACUGUAAGUUUAUGAUCUUGUCAAUUACCUUGUUGUUAGUGUCAGAAACAGUAUUUGAAUUAGACUUGAUUUGGUGUAUAUGUUUACUACAACGCUAAUCCAGAACCUACCUUGUUUUUCUUCCUUCAGUCGAUAAAAAGGAAUUACAAAAGUGGUAAGUGCAAAGUUAUUAUUUGGUAAAACGCUAUUUAAUGGACGUGUUUUGUCAUAGUAAUUACCAUAAGUUGGCAGACUCUCGUCAACAACCGUUUCGGCUUUGUUUAGAGUAUUGUUUUCGAUGGAAAUAAUUUGCUAACAAGGCUGAUUACCAUUUUGUGGAAGUUUUGCAAACGGGGAUUUGACUUGCUAAUUAUUUCGUUAUAUUUCCCGUAGGUAUCGAGACUUCAUGAAAGAUUGCCCCUCUGGUGAGCUUAGACAAGAGGUCAGUGUUCGCUAAUUACCAAUCAGUAAAGCCGUCUUCUCAUUCUAUGACGAUUGCUGGAAAAUUUAGACUAAGUUGAUUGAACUUCAUUCAAAAUUCUUGCAAAUUGCGUGGCUCUUUUUAACGAACACUUUUUUUUUGUUAAUUUUAAGGUUCUAUUUAGCUACAGAAAGAUAUGUAAUGAAACCCUAGCAUUAAAAGUUCCCUACUUUGUACUUUAAGCUUAAUUGUAUUCGUCCUUUUCAGUUUUGAAAUAAAUUCGUUAUAUAUAACUCUUGACUUUUAAUAAUGCUUAAGUAGCCUCUCCAAAGUAUGUCGAGCUACAUCGAUUUUUCGUCAAAAUUAUAUAUUUACUUUGUAUUCAUAUUCGUACCCUUUGACACCGUCUUUAAACUCUGAAUAUGUACUUAAGGCUUCUAAUUUUUUUACACCAUACAAUUGGAUUGGAUCCAUCAAUAUCUUAGUUUGAUAAAAGAACUUUAGGGCAUAUUGAAAUUGCAGAUAACUAUCAAUUCAUUUCUAUUCCUUGCCAGAAUAGGGCUUUUAAAUUUAUUCCUUGGGCUUGUAACAUUUGUAUCAUAAUAUAAUAUAAAACUAAAAUCAGAAGAUUUACAGAUGUUUACUUGUUCAGUAUUGUUUACCACUGUUGAGAUGUUUAUUUUGCUUCACCAUGAUAUGAUUUAGCUAUGGGUAAUGUGCAUUUUGAGUUAGUGGUUGAUGUAUAAUUUAUUUUUUUGACAGUUAAAAAUUUAUGACAUGCAAAGUGUUAUCUCACCUCAAGUCUUAUUUUGCAAUUUGCAUGGUCAAUUUUUUCUCUGACUGAUUUUUUUUAGCUUGAUGUCAGUACACUAUCUUGAUUGAAAAUCAUAACUUAUCAGGAAAAUUUAAAUCUUGGAAAAAUUUAAGUCCUAUAACUAUGAGUAUUUAUUCUACAUAUUUGUUGUGUAAUGCUAGAUAUUCAAACUGUUAUCUGGUUGAUAUUUUAUGUCCAUGUGUGCAUUGUGGGAGGUUGACUGCUUUCUUACUGUUUUAGUUCCAAACAUUCCAAAUUUUCUUCUCUAUUUAUGCCAAACCCUUUCAGAAAGCAUUGCUACAGAAACAAUGUACACGUGCUUGUUUUACAUGAGCAUAGUUCCAACAGAUAGUGCCUAAACUCAGCCAGUACUUUCCCAGAUAAUAUUUAAAUUGUAUAUUUUAAUACUUAAAUUUUAUAUUAACAUGUUUUGGCAGAUGCAACCUAGCAUUUGCCUUUGAAAGAGUUUUAAUUACUUGUUUAUCAUCAGAAGUUUGCAUCUUAGUAUUUUAUAUAGCAAAUAGAUAUUUAAUUUAAGGUUCAUGUAUGUUUGUCUUCAAAAUUUUAUCUUAUCUUGAAAAUUACCAUGAAUUAUGGUCUGGGAUACUGAAAUGAUCUAUAGCUACAUGUUUUAGAUGCAGCUUUAAAUGUGAUAUCAAAUUGUUAGAUUGUAAAUUUUCUGUGGCAAAUACAGGAACAUGUAUCUGUUGGGAGAAGGAGACACAGAGAGAAUUUGAAAACUGAUUCCCAACAAGAAAACAUUUUUUCCCAAAACUCUUUAAUUCUAACUACCACCAUACAAUGAAUUUAUUUUUUGGUUAGGUGUUGGGAAAAAGAAAGCUCUUAAUUACUGGAAAUGUUACCUUCAUAUAACUUUCAAAUGGAUCAUACUUUUCAACAGAAUAGUAGCAGCAUGUCAAUCUGUUAUUAUACUGGCCAAACAACUUUUCAGUAUUCUGCAGCAGCAGAUUGGAAUAGUUUUCCCAAAUGCAUUAGAGACAUAACCUCUUUGAAGAGGUUUAAGACUGAGUUAUAUGGUUAUUUCAGAGAGUUAGAUGUUAAAUUGCAUCGUUGUUCGCUAACUUAAUUUUAGAGUUGAUUUUUUUCCAGUAGUUGAUAUUUUAUUCAUAGAGAUAGAAGUUAUAGAGCAUUUUUUAUAUGCUACACAUGGGUUAAUACCAGCUUUUCCUCGUGUACUAGCUGAUCCAUUUUGUAGGAUUAAAAAAACAUUAUUAUUAUUAUUAUUAUUAUUAUUAUUAUAAUUAAAGAAUUUGCAGCAUGUAACACACAUGUAAGCUUUUCUAGAGGAACAAAAUGGCAUUACAAAAUUAUCUCUGUUUAGGUGCACAUUGUGUACACAAAAUAUAGUGGGUAUAAAAAAGUCAGAAGAAAUAGAGUAAGGCUAAAUCUUGCUUUAAAAUUCAUUACAAAUUAGUCUUUCAAUUGCAUUAUAUGAAUUAAUGAGGCCUCUUUUCAUUUUAAACAGGAGUUUCAAAAAAUCUACCAGCAGUUUUUUCCAUUUGGUGAUCCUUCUAAAUUUGCAGCUUUUGUGUUUAAAGUUUUUGACAAAAACUCUGUAAGUAUUGUUCUAGUCUUUUUAUACAGCUACCUCUUGUCUUUCUUUGUUCCUUGCUUUAGGCCAGGAGUAAUGGCAGAGAUGUGUAAUAUAGUUUUAUUCACAGUUGAGAUUUAUGCAGAUUGAUUCAAAGUUUGGUUGUGCUAAAUAUACACUUGGUACAAACAUCUUGAUUAAGAUUUUGAAUUUUUUUAUUUUUAUUUUUUCCUUGAAGGAUGGAUCAAUUAACUUUACUGAGUUUAUUACUGCUUUAUCAAUUACUUCCCGGGGAAGUUUGGAUGAAAAAUUAGAGUGUGAGUAUUGUUUGCAUUCAUUUUUUUUUUCCUUUCACAAACUUCCUACUCAGGUAAAAAAAACAUAUUGUUUAUAUUUUGUGGUCUCAAGCUUUGCAGACUGAGUCACAGAAAUCACUAGUGAACUAGACCUUUAGUAACAUAGGGUAUAUGGACAAUAAAUGACCUGCAAACUGCUGGGAUCACCAUUGUCAACAGCGCCACAUGUGUUUUUAUUAUAGAUUAAGAAAGAUGGUAAAUUUUGGGCUACUGGUAAGUUGAUGAAUAGCAAAAGAUGUGAAACUUGGGAACAUGGUAUUUACAUGUACAAAGAGAAACCUUGAAAGUUUAUGCUUUGGCCCUCCCUAUGCAGAGAUAGAUUAUUUGAACAAGUUGUAAGUUACCUUAAUCUUAAUUGUGUGUUACAUUUUACACCAUUUAUAAAGUUUCUUUCCCCUUGAAAGGGUUGAUGCAACAUAUCCAACAAGGUGUUAUUCAGGGAUAACCUUUUCAUUUGAGUACAUUGAAAUCUGAUUUGUUUGGAUCCUGUGCCUUUGAUUUUUGUAUGCCUCAAUUCACUUUCAUCCUGGCCCAGGUAGUUCGAAGAUUGGAUAAUGUUAUCCGCUGGAUAAAUCUCUAUCUGAAUGGUGGAUGACACUUUACAUUUUGCUAUCACUUAUCUGCUGGAUAGUGAUUUAUCCAUUGGAUAGCAUUAUCUGCCCUUUAUACAACUGAGCCCUGGUGUGGAACAAAGGAGAGUUGGAAAGCACACAUUUCACAUAUCUCACAAUUGUUUCUUCUUUCAGUGUUUAUUAUGAAUUGUUUCAGUUACUGGAAGACUUUUGACAAUAAAAGUGAAGGGUCGGUUCAGGUUCAGUCGUUUUCAAGUGAAUAAUAAGAAUGUCACAAUGAAUAUAUAUAUACAUGCAUGUAAGAAGUAUAAAAUAAAAUAAAAGUGUACACAGACAAUAAGAACGUAUAAAGAGAAGAAAUGAUUAGAAGCUAAUUAAACCAAAUUAAAAAUUGAAAUUAAAAACCUAAUUGCACCAAUUGAGUGCGACUACACAUUGAGAGCAGUUCUCAGUUCUUGUAGUAGGCAGUCAAAUUUGUUUGUACACUUCUUUAAAACAUUAAAAUUCUUUAUAAGAGAAGUGUUUGAACAAACUUGACUGCCUACUUUAUGAAAUGUUUUUUAUUCUCGAGGUGAGACCUACUCUCAAAAGAUUUUUAAUUGGGUUUUUAAUUUUUAUUUUAUUCAUUGUCAUUAAUUUUAUUUAGGGGCAUUUAGUCUUUACGACCUUGACAAAGAUGGAUACAUCACAAGAGAUGAAAUGCUUAAGAUUGUAGAAGCAAUCUAUUGUAUGGUGGUAUGUCAAUCAUAACACUACAAAUCUGUUUUUGUUUCUGUAUACCAUAGAUUUAGAAACAAAAAUUGCAUUCUGUGAAUGAUCUUUCAUCAGGAGCAAGUAAAUUCCUCCAGAAAAAGUGUUCCAACUUCAUCAAUUAUCUGAUUAGCUGUCACAUGAUUUCAGUUGAAAUUUUGUUUAAAUAAGUACUAGGAAGAUUUUUAAAGACCAUCAAAACUUGUUUGAGUCUAUAGAACAACUGCAAGGGUAACCUUAAAACAAUUCAAGAUUGUUGUUCAUUUCAAAUUGCGUGAGAAAUAUUAUUUAACACUAGUAUGUAGUUACAUAUGCAUAUCAACAAUUUACUUUGUACAUUUAAAAAAUUUUUGAGAUAGUCUUACAGAAGCAAAGGGCGUGAUUCACAUACAGAAAUAAUUUAUUCAAACCCUGCAAUUUUCAUUUUGUGUUGGGUCAUAAAUAUAUUCAGGCAAAGCAGUAAGGGUAGCUAAACAGUUUGUUAGUUUCUUUUACACUGACUUACCCCCUUUUUGCUGAACUACCUCUGAAAUUUCUGGUGAAAAUUGCAUUUCUCCAAGCCAAUCUGAAUGAAGAAAUUUUUUCACAUACACCACGAAUGGUAUUAUCUCCAGUAGUGAAAAAUGGUAAUUUUUUUUUUUUUUUUUGCAUUUUGUAGGGUAAUAUUAUAGAUUUGCCAAAAGAUGAAGACACGCCAGAAAAAAGAGUAACCAAGAUUUUUAAACAAAUGGACAAGGUGAGUACUAAAAAUAAAAAUUCUCUCACUGUGAUUCUAAAAAGUGAACAGUAGUAGUAUUGGUUUUUGAGAUGGUAAUGCUUUUUUUUUUGUAAUAUUUACCAAAGUUGAUGUAAGGGGGCCAGAUGAAGCACUAACAAACUUUGUGUUGUUGUCUUUAACAACAUGUAGAACAAAGAUGGCAAGUUAACUAUGGAGGAGUUUCGUGAGGGUUCCAAGUGUGACCCUUGGAUAGUACAGGCCCUAGCUAUUGAUCUACCACAGGAGGAUUCCUCACAAGCUGAUGAUGACUGACCCACAGAUUAAUUUCUCAGAAAGUGUGAUCUACACUGUCUUACAUGUGCAUGUAGCUGGUAGCAAUUAAUUCUCCUACAGUUAACUUGGCAACUUUCACUGAACAAGUCAAUAUUUUUCAUUUAUGUGUUGGGCUUUUGUUCUUCACAUUCAGUGGUCUCUCUGAGGGAGGUGCUUCAUUGAACAUUGGCCCAUAAAGUUAUAUGACUUACAAUUAUGGUUGAGAGGUUAUUCUCACAGAGCAGUGAAAUUUUAAACAUGAAUUCACAAGGAAAAGGAAUGUAUACUGAAUAGGGCACAGUAUGGGAAUAUUCUUAGCUUAUAAAAGGAUGCUCCACUGCACGGAAGGGUUUUCCUGUUCAUAGAGAUGGAGGAUGAAUACCUUCAUUACCAAGGAUAUGCCUUACCAUGUAUGGAGAGAUGGAGAGAUAAAGUAGUGAUGUAGCUACUACUUAGCUGAUCAGUGUUAGCUUAUUCACAUGAUACACUUGAUGUUAUCUAGCAUAUGUAAGAGGCAUUAUUGAAUUCCAAGACUCCUCCAUUCCCCUCCGCACACUUUCCUUGGAGACUAAAAUGUUGAUUGACAUGUCCCUAAGCCUACGUCAUGACAGCAUUGUAGUUUAAACCUUAAAAUGAUCUUUCCACUGUGCAAAUUUUGAUAAAAACCAUAAUGUAAGGGAACAUUUAUCACAACAAUGCAAACACUCGUUUUCACUUACACUGGAGUUGUAAAAUAUUCACUAGGUAAGGCGUGAAAUAAUUUAUUAUUUAUGAUUUGGUUCCUCUUGUGAACAAGUGUAUAUGAUCUCCUGUAUCUUUUAGUUACUAUUUAAAGAGUGUGUAUAAAAGUUACAAAUCUGUUUGAAAGUAUGAAAUUAUCUAAGUCUCAAGUUUCUCUCAGUGUAGUUUAAUGUAGUACCCUUUUCAAUUGUCAUUUGUAUCUUUGUGUAGGUCCAACAGUAUGACAUAAUGCAGCACUAAGAAUAUUUAAAAUCUUGCGUGCUUGAUUAAAACUUACAAAUGU